UAUGUUUGUAGAAUAUUGCUUAUAAAUCCAUGACGACUGUAAACGAUAAUUUAUUUAUUUUUUAAUUGAUAAAAAAAGUUCCAAUGUUUUUUUUGCAGACAAUUACCUACCUAUGAAUGAACUCCAUCCUGGAAUAAUGAAUGGAUCGAAUUUUCCAAACUUACUUCAUAUUCACAUCAUUAGAGCAAAAAUUGACUUCUACUAAUGUUUAAAGUUAUCGAUAAUCUCACAAUGGGUUGACACGUCGUUGUAUAUGCUCUGCGUAGCUCCAAAUUUCUGUGUAAAAUAUUAUUUCUUGUGAAAUAUGUUAGUGAGGAAUAGUAUCCUGAAAAUGAUGGCUCGGAUCUUGAUCGUUGCUACUGGUGUGUCUCUUCUGGUGUGCGUAGCAUUUUUCGACGUCCAAUCGCACUAUAGAAAUGUUGUCGUAUAUGACGGCAAAGAUGGCCAUCCGUGGAAUGUGUCAUCUAGACGCAGGACGUUAAUGCAAAGGGUGGAAAGAACUGAUUGGAAACAGAUAACAAAUGAUCUUAAACAGCGAGAAAUAAAGGAGCUAUUGGAUGAGUCUGAAAGUCUUUCCCAUUUCUUCGGAACUGACAGCGAUAGAGGUGAAGAUGAAAGUGGAGUGAAACGUCGUCUUCCCGGUGCCAUCAUCAUCGGAGUGAAAAAGGGAGGUACACGGGCCCUGCUCGAAAUCUUGAGGCUGCAUCCCGACGUUGUGGCUCCCGGGCCAGAAAUCCACUUCUUCGAUAGGCACUACAAGAAAGGACUGCAGUGGUACAGAUCUCAAAUGCCUGUGAGUGUGGAUGGUCAGCUCACCAUGGAAAAAACUCCAGGUUAUUUGGUGACUCCUGGCGCGCCUCAAAGGAUAGCCAAUAUGUCCCGCAACUUAUUACUCCUAUUGGUUGUUAGGGAUCCCGUCACGAGAGCCUUGUCGGACUAUGCCCAGGCAUCGAGCAAGAGACCUCAGGACACAAGGACAUUCGAAGACAUGGCUUUCAGGAAUGCGAGCACCGGAUUGGUAGAUGCCGACUGGACAGCCAUUCGCAUUGGUCAAUAUGCCAAACACUUGGAGCGAUGGAUGCGCUUCUUCCCCCUGAGCCAAAUCCAUGUGGUCAGUGGAGAAAGACUGGUUGCAGACCCCGUCCAAGAGCUGCAGGCAGUGCAAAAGUUCCUAAAAAUUCGACCAUUGAUUGGUCCACAACACUUUUUCUUCAAUCAGAGCAAAGGGUUCCCUUGCUUGAGGAAAUCUCCCCGCAGCGAAGUGCCCCGGUGCCUGGGAAAAACUAAAGGACGUUCGCAUCCACAAGUGGCAACCUCUUCUCUGCAGAGGCUGAGAGACUUCUUCAGGCCUUUCAACCAAAAGUUCUAUCGGAUGGUCGGCAGGGACUUCCAGUGGACUUGAAAUUUGUAAGGGCCAGCUUACAAAAUUUAUUUGUUGACUGAAAUUACGAGAACUACGAUCUGGUUCAAAAACAAUUUCAAUCGCUACAAUGUCUUCCACUCGUGAUGUGGUUGAUGAAAGUGCCAGCAAUAAAUUCAUCACCUAGCAAAUCGGCAACCACAGAUUAUACAUACCUGGAAGAAAUAGUGUCCGAUCAUGUUUGGUGUGGAAAAUUGGCAAGCGCC